GUAACCCACCCUUUAUGAUUCUGCAUGUACUCCAAAGGCCCAACUCAAAAUUAAACUUGUUGCAACUUGUGCUCUAUAGUGCUCCUAGUGCUCAAUUGUACAAGGUAUAACCAUUGCUUUCUUUCAAUUUCCCAAAACUCAGGGUCCCCAAUUAGUCCAAAGUUCAAAGUCUUCAUUUCUUUCAUCAAGUUGUUCACAGCCACAAAGCCAAUUGGAGUCUCAAGUUUUCAAAAAUUGAACAUCUUAACCUUUUUAAUUCUUUUUUGUACUAGAAAAUACUCAGAAUGAGGCAUUCUAAUAUUUUACCACUAGUAUUCUCCUUAUAUUUUCUUACUUUAUUUCUUCCCAUCCAAGCUAGGCACCAUUACCAUACCAAACACAAGCACUCACAUUAUCAUAAUUCACCUGAAAUUUCACCAUCUCCUGCUCCAUUCUCUGCACCUUCUAGUGCUCCUGAUGAAGCUCCUAGUCCUAGCCCCAGUUUUAACGAGAACUACCAUAAUGCAUCAAACUUUUUCGAUUUACGAACAUUUGGGGCCAUUGGAGAUGGAAUAACAGAUGAUACAGAGUCAUUCAAGAUGGCUUGGGACACUGCCUGCCAGAGUGAAUCAUCGGUUAAAACAAUCAUCGUUCCCCGUGGUCUCUCUUUCAUUAUUCAAUCUACUAUUUUCACUGGUCCCUGUAAAGGUGGCUUAGUACUAAAGGUUGAUGGCACUCUUAUACCACCUGAUGGACCUGAAUCAUGGCCAAAGAACAACAGUAGGCGUCAAUGGCUUGUCUUUUACAGAAUCAAUGGAAUGUCACUUGAAGGAAGUGGUGUAAUAGAUGGGAGAGGAGCAAAAUGGUGGGACCUUCCUUGCAAGCCUCAUAAGGGACCUAAUGGGACAACAUCUCCAGGACCUUGUGACAGCCCAGUUGCCAUAAGGUUUUUCAUGAGUUCCAACUUGACUGUACAAGGACUUAGGAUCAAGAACAGCCCCCAAUUCCAUUUUAGAUUUGAUGGCUGCGAAAGUGUCCACGUGGAUUCAAUCUUCAUUACAGCUCCAGCACUAAGCCCCAACACGGAUGGAAUACACAUAGAAAAUACCAAUGACGUGAAAAUAUACAAUUCGGUCAUUUCUAAUGGUGAUGACUGCGUGUCCAUUGGAGCCGGUUGCCAUGAUGUUGAUAUAAAGAACAUGACAUGUGGACCUGGUCAUGGGAUUAGCAUUGGUAGUCUGGGAAAUCACAACUCCAGAGCCUGUGUUUCAAACAUUACGGUGAGGGACUCGGUCAUAAAAGUGUCAGAUAACGGGGUUAGAAUCAAGACAUGGCAAGGUGGAUCAGGAUCAGUAUCAAGAGUGACAUUCAGCAAUAUUCACAUGGAAAGUGUAAGGAAUCCAAUCAUAAUUGACCAGUUUUAUUGCCUCACUAAGGAUUGCAGCAACAAGACCUCUGCAGUGUUUGUAACGGAUAUACUCUACACAAACAUAAAGGGAACAUAUGAUAUAAGGCACCCACCAAUGCAUUUUGCCUGCAGUGACUCUGUUCCAUGCACCAACUUAACACUCUCAGAUAUUGAGCUACUUCCAGCACUAGGAGAUAUAAUGCUUGACCCUUUCUGCUGGAGUGCCUAUGGAAAUUCCCAGACACUAACCAUUCCUCCAAUCUCUUGCUUGCAAGAAGGCCUUCCUCAGUCCGUUCCAGGCAAUGACAUAGAUCAUUGCUGAUCCACUAAUUAAAUUCUCUAUGUAAAGCAAACUCGUGUGUACGUAUAUAUAAAAUAUAAUAUAAUUGUAUAAUUACUAGGGAAGUAUAUUAAGCAGUAUAGUAUAUGAUUUUUGUGUCCUAUGUUGUGAUUGCUGAGGAGUUGUGUUUUAGAUGCUCCUCCCCAAUUGUUAAGUUUCAUCUCCCAUAGUUAUGUUUGCUUUGAAUUUGUGACUACUACUACUUCAUAUCUAAUUAUACAUAUAAGUCUUGAU